AUGAGGUUAUUUGCAGCUUUACAUUUUAUGAGCGAAGGAUCAUAUCAAAGAGGCAUAGGUCAAGAUUAUUUAACAAGUAUGCAUCAGAGUUCCAUAAGCCGAUGUCUGUCUGAAGUAACAGAUUUUAUAGUGGAAUUACUUGGAUAUGUGAUCAGAUUUCCUGAAACUGAAGAGGAAAAAAAUCAGGAAAAGUUUCAAUUUACCCAAUUGGGCGGAUUUCCUGGUAUAACAGGGUGCAUUGACUGCACACAAAUUGCUAUAAUUUCUCCAAAAACACAUGACCCUGAAAUGCCUGGGGUGAUAUUUUAUUGCCGAAAGCAAUAUUAUAGCUUAAAUGUGCAGAUAGUUUGCAGCGCACAUUUAAAAAUUCUUAAUAUUAACGCAAGAUUCUCAGGAUCCGUACAUGAUUCAGCAAUUUGGCAGUCAUCAUUGGUUCGGACCCACUUGUCAAAUAAUUUUGGGCAAAACAGGAACCAAUUUACAUAUUUAUUAGGAGAUUCGGGUUACUCUUUAGAACCUUGGCUGCUGACUCCUAUUGCUCAACCAGAAAACAAUAGUGAACGAGAAUAUAACCGGUCUCAGAAACUCGUAAUGUCAUCGAGAGAACCAAUGGUAUCUUGAAGCAACGAUUUAGAUGUAUUUUUAAACAUCGAACAUUACAUUAUAUUCCAGUUAGGGCAGCACAAAUAAUUUAUUCCUGUGCAGUAUUACAUAACCAUAAUGAUGAAAAUGACGAAUUAGAAGAUAAUUAUAUAGAUUAUAUAAGAA